AACCGGCUGACGGAGGCCAUCCUAGGAAGCAUCGUGUAUUCCUUCCAAACGAAGUUCCCCGUCUCACGUUACAGCACUGCCUUGGUCGCCAGCUCUGAACUCCGGACUUGACAAUGUGCCUCACUGUAAAACGACAAGGAAUUAUGGUAAAUACCCCGCCUUCCCCUGCACCAGCGUUUUUCCGGAUCAGUGACCGGGACCUGACUGAAGUUGAACUACAUUCCGUAGACUCUAUCAAUGACUUGCACCGCACCCACUCACAGCAACUCCAUAAAGGCAGCAGACAGCUCCACCCCCAGGGUCCCCCCACUAAUGGCAACCUUCAAGUCUACAACAUGCCGGUCAUUUGUCAGACAGGGUAUUCAAGGAGACGAAGGUGGUACAAAUGGCUCUGUCGUUGCUGCAAAUCCACAGCGUGUCGAUACACAUGGGGGUGUGUGGUAGUCAGCCUGAUGUUGAUGACACUUUUUGUGAUCUUCUUUUUCUUAAUCCAGCAGGACAGUGCUCUGAGAAUGCUUUCCCAGGUGGUGCAGGACAGGCAAGCCACGUCCCUAGAGAUUUCCCAGCUUAUUCAGGAGUUGCAGGAGCUGCGAAGAAACCUGACGGCCAUCAAAGGGAAUCAGGAACAUUAAC